AUGGGCCCAGAGAGCAGCGGAGCGGAGAAUCCACACUGUUAUCACAGCUGUCUGUCGAGGAGGCUGGUGAAGACGGGCAGAGACGGGCACGGACGAACGGGACGAGCACGGAGACGAGAGCAGGCCGCGGAGGAAGACCACGAGCGGGACCCGUCGAGUGCCAAAGAGGCGAACCGUGAAGCGACCUACACGCAGCGGCGGGGCUCAUACCCCCGCCUACGCAGUCUACGGCCCUGGGAUCCGCGGCGGCAGCUGGAGGGCUGCAAUCCGGAUAAAGAGCGAGGACGCAGAGUCACUGGGACGUACCGCGAAGCGACCUACACGCAGCGGCGGGGCUCAUACCCCGCCUGCGCCAAGCGGUGUGCGCCAUUCACAUUGGGGACGAGCGCCGUCUACCUGCCUCUGGCCCACGUUAGCCUCAGCCAUUGGGGCACAAUUCCCCCGGAGCCCCCACAUCCGAGAUUGAGGCGCCAAGACCGUGAAAACCCCCCCUCCGAAAGUGCCUUGCGAGAUCAACUGCUGCUAGGCUUGAGCGACAGCCCACUGGCCCAAGCUCUGAAGGUCUAUGCUCGCCGUCACCCAGAGCUGGAUUUCACAGAGCUACGUGAGGAGGCCAGGUUAUUGGAGACUGAGUACGGCCGGGGUCAACCAGAGGUAACGUGUGCCUCAGUUCAAAAACAUUAUGACUCUCCUAAAACCCCACAGGGAUUGGACUGGAAGGAGCAAUUGAAGCGCGAAAUCAUGGAGGAGGUGAACGUCCAAAUGAAGGGGCUGUCCCGUGAUAUCCUCGCUGAGCUUAAACCCCUGCUGCAGUCUGCCUCUCCCCAGUCAAGCCCCCCCAACACCACGUGGAACCGCCGGUAUUCACCGAGACCCUAUAAUGACCGGGACGAGCAAGGAAUGAACGUCAUCAUGGCUUGUUGGGAUAACAUCUUUAAGAGGUCAAAGAUGCCUGCUCUCCCACCACAAUUUAAACAUCUGAGAGUGUGGCGGGAGGCGUUUGCCACCUGCAGCCGCAUAGAAGUAGCCCCCACAGAGGAUGGGUCAAUGGGUUUCGUGAGGUUGGCCACGAAGAAUAACAUUUCAGUCCCUCCAAACAGUGAGAUAGUGGUGUGGGGUCGUACUCGGAUGGGGCGGGGUGGAACAGAUUUCUGUGCCCUUAUAGAGCCGGUUCCUGGGGCUAAUAUUGGUGGUGUGGGUGUGGCUAGAACGCUGGUCGAGGUGAGGAAAGGAAGAGUCCCUGUUCGCAUUUGUAACCCCCACCCCUACAGUGUGUCUGUAGGUCGUUUUACGAGGUUAGGGCAGCUUUAUCAUAUUGAAGAGGCAGAUGUACAUGGCCCAAAUGACCCAUCUCUGUUUCUUGAGGGAGACGACGUCGUAGCGGUAACCCUGGUAGAUGUCACAACUUCGGCGGCUAACUCUGAGUUGCCCCCAGAGGUGAGCAAGCUGAAAACGCGCCCUGACUUGUCUGAGGUGCAGCAGGAGGAGCUGGAGGCCCUGCUGCAGAGGUGGGAGAAGGUCUUUGCCGUACAUGACGAGGAUUUUGGCCGGACUGACCUGGUGCAGCAUAGAAUCCCUACGGGCGAUGCUGCCCCCAUCCGAGAGAGGCACCGGCCAAUCCCCCCAAUGCUGUACAGAGAAGCCCCUGUGCUGGCUUAUGCCCACUACGAUAAGCCCUUCAUAGUCUACACAGACGCGAGCAACCAGGGGCUUGGUGCUGUCCUAUCUCAACAUCAAGAUGGUUUCCUGCUCCUGUUAAACAGGCCAUACCACCCGUCGAUGAGCUGGUGGAUGCAGCUGCAGUGGAGAGACGGGCACGGACGAACGGGACGAGCACGGAGACGAGAGCAGGCCGCGGAGGAAGACCACGAGCGGGACCCGUCGAGUGCCAAAGAGGCGAACCGUGAAGCGACCUACACGCAGCGGCGGGGCUCAUACCCCGCCUACGCAGUCUACGGCCCUGGGAUCCGCGGCGGCAGCUGGAGGGCUGCAAUCCGGAUAAAGAGCGAGGACGCAGAGUCACUGGGACGUACCGCGAAGCGACCUACACGCAGCGGCGGGGCUCAUACCCCGCCUGCGCCGUAA